GGAAGAUGUUCCUGAGUUGUAUCCCGCGAUGCCCAAGCCCAGCCCCCAAGAAACCCUGCUGUGGAUGCCUCGCCCAGUGGUGGGGACGCUGGGCCAGCCCUCACCCCCGACGCUCCUGGUGCUUCCAACAGAAAACGGCCAUGGGCCAGGACAGGUCAGCCUCGCGCCUGGCAAUGCACAGAAGGCUGCGGAUCGCCAGCAGGCAGGACGUGUGUCAGGCCCCUUUCACUGAUGACCUGUGUGUGGUGGGGGAGUGGUCAAAUGAGCCCACAGCUCUGAAGCCCCCGUACCGGGCAUUCCCCGGCACACAGAAACCACUGGACGUCCCCCUCAGUCACACACUGUUGGUCAGAGCCCAGAUAGAGCCCAGGGGCUCCGCAAAUGCCCAUCUCACAGCGGAGGAAGUAGGGCCCGUUGACUUCGCCUGUGUCAGUCGUGACCCAGGGUCAGGGCCGGGCCUGGCACCUGACCUCACGGCUGGGGCGGCACAGAGCCCUGAUCUCACAACAACACCCCCGCUGGAGCAGUGCUGGUCCUCCAUCAAUCAGCGCCACCACAAGGAUGCGCGGGGGACAGCUGUGUCCCCGGGGGCCGAGCAGGGCUCAGGGGAGGCCCUGAGAGAAGAGGCUCUGGGGAUGGAGGGUCUGGAGCCAGGACUGUACGCAGCAGCUGAAGCUGAGGACGCUGCAGGGGCACCAGAUGCAGCACUGGCCCCGGCCUCAGCCCCAGCUCCGCAAGUCCCUUCUGCUGCAGCCCCAGUGCCACACCUGGCCUUCCCCGCCCCCGUCGUCCUGUAUUUCUCUUUAUUCCUCCCCACUCUCUUCCUUUUCUCCACCUUAUUGUCCCUGAACCUCAAUAAAAUGUAAGUUAUUACCCACUGUGGAAUGUACAAUUUGCAC